AUGAAGUCCACAAUCCUCGCCUUCACCGCCUUCACGGCGCUCGCCAUGGCUGGCGGUGAUCACGACGACGACUACGAUGGUCACAAGCCAAAGCACUGGCCUACCUGGUCGCAGCCGACUGAGGAUUGCGACUCUACCACCACAAAGGUCUGGAAGACCAAGACCUGGGGCCACAAGCCCAAGUGGACGACCAGCACCGUCUAUGCCACUUCUACCCAGACCGUCACAAGCUGCGCACCCACCGUGACUCUCUGCCCCGCCCACAGCACAGUCCUGACCACCGUCGUCGUCCCCGUCAGCACCACCAUCUGCCCCGUCACAGAGACAGAGACAGAGGAGACAGUCACCGCAACCCCUGCCCCAUCCACCUCCACCGUCGUCAUCAGCUACUCCGAGGCGCCGGCCCCGACGACGACAGCAGAGGAGAUCACCACAUAUGCCCCGCUGCCCUCGUCGUCAGAGGUGCCCUCGUACUCGCUACCGCCCGUCGAGAGCUCGCCCGUCGUCAGCGUGAGCAUCGAGACCCCCGUGUCCAGCGUGCCGAUCGUCUCGGCCACCACCGUCGUCACUCCGCCAGUCAUCACGGCGACGCCCGUGCCUACCACCACGGAGGUCGGCACCAUCAGCGCUGCGCCCACCACCACGACGGGCGCCGUCGUCACGGCCGGUGCGGCGCUGAAUGCUCAGCGUGCCGGCGGUGCGCUGGCUGCUGCUGCGGCGCUCGUUGCUGCCCUGAUCUAA